GAGGCACUCACAAGGCACUCCCAAGGCACUCGCGUGCCGUUUGAGAUUUGAUCCUCUGGAAACACCGCAGCUCAGGGCAGUCAGUUGAUGCGACAAAGCGAUGCAUUCAAUUUGGCACCUUGGGAGAUUGUACCGUGCUCCAUUCUACUGCUCCACAGUGUAUUGUACGUCGGGCCCUAAGUUACCGGGGGCGAGGGAUGGAUUGAGCAAUCGAUCCCCCACCCCCCCCCCCGACCCGCCUCGUCCUCUUCAAUCAACCCUCUCCCGGCAUGUGCACGCUCGGCAUGCUACGGUACGCUUUGGGGAGGUCACUCGUGAGAAGUGGGGAGGAUAUCCCCGGAGUGUACUCGAGUGCAGUUCUUGCACGUGUAUCUCACAAUACACUUUAUCAACCGCCCUUUUACUGACGAGAUCUCAAUCUAGGCAGCUCUCGCUAUCAUACAAACCCUGCCCGAUACCAGAUUUGCCUACGCGAUGCUUGUAUCACGCACAGCUCCCACCUACCGUAACUGUACUCGGGUGCGGGACCGUUCAGUAAUGUGCGAUACCUAGGCUCACCUAAGAUUCCACAGCGGGCCAGACGCCUAACGAGACCCACUACCGUCUACACGUGCGAGAGGACCCACUAGACUUAACUGUUGGUGAACCUGCAGGAACCCAGCACGAGUACCGUUGCUGGUACUCUCACCUUGCCCUGAAUACGGUCGGCGCCAUCCCAUGUCCGAAGGCUAUUGGAGACUUGCCCGCAAAUCGGUUGUGCGACGGAACUUUUCACCAAUCAUUCGCGAGCGCGGAGACACGUUCCGAUUGAGCAUGGCCGGUCAAUUGUUCCUGGAGGAGCUAAGAAGGUUGUUUUGACUUUAGCUUGAGCAGAGUUCUGUUUUUUUUUUUUUGCUAGGUUCGGUUUGUGGGAUGCGGAGAUUAGGUGGGGCCUUGUUUUGCCGGAAGUUUUUAUGAGGGUGCAAGAGGAGGAUUUCGUGUUCUUGAUGUUUGGCACGAAUAUAGGCGAUGGGAAUUGACUCUCUUCUCGGGCUGGGUGUGGUGGGUAAAUAGCCUCAGCUGUCCUUCCUGCGAGACUGCGGUAUCGUUCCUGGCUUUCCAUAGGUGAGGAAGGUAGCGGUGAUUUUUGUUCCCCAACUCUCUCACAUAUUGUCCGAAGCGGGAAGUUGUAUUUAGCCUGUCGCACUUUGCGGCCUCUAGCUCCCCAUCAAUGUAGUUGGCCAUUUACUUCGGGAGCCACCGUGCUACGGGCGGCGGUGGACCCCGAUUUUUAUUUUUAUUUUCAGCUAUUCAUUUGAUAUCGUUACCCUAUGCAUGUGUCCCUGUCGGAUAGCUAUCAUACCCGUUUAAACGAUUCCACUUCCUCCCCUGCGAUUCUGUUCUUUUCACUCCGUCCUCAUCCCUUUGGCCCUCUCCCUUUCUUUACACAUCGUAUCCCCAUUCUUCGUUGGUUUUGAGCUCAGAAAAUGAACACCAAGAACUUGUUCUUGAUUGCCCUCGCCGGUUUCGCCUCAAUCGCUGAGGCAGACAGGGGUACGAGUCGCAAGAAGGCUCGGAAUUUUAUUAUGGUAUGCGAAUCUUUUGUUGGGUCCUGUCGUGUAUGCUGAUAAGGCUCUAUAGGUUAUCCCGUGAGUUUUUCGAUUGAAUAGUUUCCAACAUAGGGUGGUAGUCUUACUAGCCUCUAGUGAUGGAUUCGGCCCCGCUUCGGAGACCAUGGCUCGUGAUUGGAUUCACUGGGGGGACAAUUCCACCAAGGGAUUGCCAAUCGACGAGAUGAUGAUUGGUCAAGUUCGCACUCGCUCUAGUGAUUCGUAUGUAACCGACUCGGCCAGUUCUGCGACAGCGUACUCGUGCGGCAUCAAGACUUUCAAUGGGGUAUUUUCUUCGAUCGCCUUGGGUGCUUUUAGUGGGUCGCUAACUUUGGUAGGGAAUAGCCGUCGAUAGUGAUCAGGAGCCCUGUGGAACCGUUUUGGAAGCUGCAAAGCUCAAGGGGUUCACGACUGGGCUCAUUGUUACUAGCAGAAUCACUCAUGUGUGUCCAUCCAUUAGUGUGAUAUAGGGUCCUCUUUUAAUGCUGAUACGCACCGCCCUAGGCUACCCCGGCAUCCUAUGUAGCUCACAUUUAUGAUCGCAACAAGGAAGCAAACAUUGCUUUGCAGGAAAUUGGGUACUCUCAUCCGCUCGGGAGAACUGUCGAUAUCUUGAUGGGCGGCGGAAAAUGCUAUUUCACCCCUCAGAAAACAGCUUCCUCGUGCAGAAAGGAUAAUGUCGAUGCCCUCGCUAUUGCUAGGACCCUCGGAUACACCGUUUUCGAGGAUAAGGUCGCCUUCGACAAGGAUGUUAAGCUGCCUUACCUUGGAUUAUUUACUCAAGGUAUUGCCCUUCUCUGAAUCCUGUGCAGCGACUAAUACGAUGCAAGAUCACAUGUCCUACGAAGUCGACCGCGACCCGCAGAAGGAGCCUUCAUUAACCGAGAUGGCUAUCAAGGGAUUGAAUGAUUUGUACAAGGCUACCAAGAAGUCCAAGGAGGGCUUCUUUGUUAUGGUUGAGGCUUCCCGGAUUGUAUGUGGUGCUGAGGAUUUUCCGGCAUUCAUAGUUGACGUUUGGUAGGAUCACGCCGGCCACGCAAAUGACCCCACCGGCCAUCUCCACGACAUUCUCGAGUACAACCGUGCGAUGGAUGCUAUGCGCGAAUGGAUUGAUGAACACGAUGAUUCUCCCACCGUUCUCAUCUCGACUGCCGACCAUGAAUGCGGUGGUUUGACGCUGGGCUACGUGCUUGACGGCGCUCCCGAGUACUGGUUCGCGCCUGGAUAUUUUGCCGGCUCUAAGAGCUCUACGGAGAAGCUUUCCCGGACCUGGAAGGCUGCUACGACUACUGACCUCGCUCGCUAUGCCCGUGAGAGCAUCUUUAAACCAUACGGCAUCAUGUCACCCACCAACGACGAAAUUUCCCGCGCAAUCGCUCUCAGAAACACCACUUCUGAAUUUGGAGUUUUCCUCGGUCGGGCUUUCAGCGAGAGACUCGGUGUUCACUGGUCUACCCUGGGGCAUUCUGCCGUCGACGUUACCCUCUAUGGGUAUGGGGUGAACCACAAGGACUUUGCGGGUCAGCGUGAAAACACUGAAGUUGCGGAAUUUGUCGCUGAGCAACUCGGCCUGGAGCUUGAUCCAGUUACCGAAAGGCUUAGGGGAAAUACUUCCUGGGUUAAGGAUAACGUCAAGCCUCAACCCGGAGAAACGGUGAGAUUGAGGGGCAGGGAUCUUGCCAGACACCAUCAUUAGUUUGGCGAUCACACGAAGGAUUGGGUCAUGAUUAAUGUAAUGUAGUGUAAUGCUUGGAUCGUUAUCGUAUUAGGAAGUGUAAUAUGACAGGUUAGGCGUGAAUUG